AUGGCUCCCUCACCGAACGCCAACGCGGACGAAGAUCCGACGACGCAGAUCCCCUGGCCGUCCAGGAGCAGAAGGCAAGCCAACGGGGAUGCGGAGGACGGCGACGAGCGAUCUCGCCUGCUCAAGCCCGCGGUGCACUUUUCCGACCGGACCCGGGGCGGCCAGGGCUCGAGAUCGCCUUCGAGGAGCGCGGAUGGCAGGAACAGCGCAGCGGCCUCGGGCAAGAAACGGCUGACGACAUGGAACCUUGUCGCGCUCAGCGUGUCCAUGCUCGGCGCCCAGAUCGCGUGGAGUGUUGAGCUGGGGUAUGGCACGCCGUUCCUCCUGCGACUCGGUCUGUCCGAGACGAUGACCAGCUUGGUAUGGCUGGCCGGCCCCAUCAGCGGAUUGAUAGCCCAACCACUCAUCGGUGCGAUAUCCGACUCGUCAACAUCCAAGUAUCGCCGUCGCUACUGGAUCGUGUCCUCGACAAUCGCUCUCGUGCUCUCCCUGACUAUGCUUUCUGAGUGCGAGAGCAUCGCGGCACUCCUCGUGGAUAUUUUUAACGGUGGCGAAGGUGACUGGGAUCCCGCUCGGAGGAAACGCGUACCAGACGGGGCUAUCGCCAUAGCUGUGAUCGCACUGUACCUGCUCGAUUUCGCCCUGAACGCGUUGCAGGCGUCCCUGCGUAACCUGCUGCUCGACAUUUGCCCCGCCGAGCAGCUCAGUCUCGGUAACGCGUGGCACGGCCGUAUGACGCACGCCGGGAACAUCGUCGGGUACACCAUAGGUUUCUUACCGCUCGCCAAGAUCCCAUUGAUUCGUUUCCUCGGUGGCGAUCAGUUCCACAAAUUCUGUAUCCUGUCGAUGAUCAUCCUCGUCGCCACGGUGUGGAUCACCUGCGCGACGCAGGACGAGAAACCCGGAGAGACGCAGCUCGCUAGAGGUAGGAAGCAAGGAAAGCUGGCGGAAAUCUGGAGCAACAUACGCGUCGCCAUUGUGCAGCUCCCGCGCCCCAUCCGACGCGUGUGCUACGUUCAAGUCUUCGCGUUCAUGGGGUGGUUCCCGUUCCUAUUUUAUUCGACGACAUAUGUUGGACAAGUGAUGGCGUACGAGACGGGCGAAGAGCCCGAUCCUGAAUAUGCUACCAGGACCGGAGAGCUCGGCAUGCUCUUCUACAGCAUAGUCGCCGUCGUCGCCGGCACCAUCCUACCCUUGCUAGCGCGGCGAGACGCGCGUCUGCUCGGCACUCCCGACGACGAGGAUGAAGACGCAGAGCUUGCCCGCCUCCGGAACCAGGUCAUGGAGUGGAAGGCCGAGGCGGCCUCACAGGGCCGGCCGCUCAAGCUGCCGAUGAUGCCCUUCCUGCUCCGCAACAUCUGGAUGGGCGCGCUUGUGCUGUUCACCGUCCUCACGUUCUCGACGUUCUUCAUCUCGACGGUGUAUCAGGCGAUCGCCAUGAUCAGUCUGGUCGGCAUCUGUUGGGCCAUCGCAUGCUGGGUCCCGUUCGCCAUCAUCAUGGAGAUCGGCCCGCCGGCGCGCCACAACACGAGGCCCGGCUUCCCGGGAGGUCGUCGACCGUCGCACACGCGCGUGCUGUCAACGCCGGCGUACCUGCACCGCGACGAACGCGAGCCGCUGCUCCGUGCGCGCUCGGUGGACGACUCGGACGCGGUCACAAACGACGACGCAUUGGACGACAAGACGCCGAACGCGGGCGGUACCGUGCUCGGCAUCCACAACCUUGCCAUCGUGAUGCCCCAAUUCAUCAUAGCCGUGGUGUCCAGUCUCAUCUUCCGUAUCGCGGACGCGGACCUGGACGACGACCCAAAAAACCAUCAUCAAUACCUGGGCAAGAACGGCGUCGCGUGGGUGCUCCGCUUCGGCGGCCUGUGCACGUUGUUCGGUGCGCUCAUGGUGAGACGCGUUCCGCCGACGCGGACAGAGAAGGGGAUCCGGCGCCGUCUCGCCCUCCUCCAGGUCCUCAAGGACGCCGGCACUCCUUGA